AAGCUCCAAACCUCCAUAAACUUUCCCAAAAACUUCAAAUCUCUGUCCCUCGCUCUCUCCACAACCCUCGAAUGGAGUUUCAUGGGCUACCUCCUCUCAAAAGAUUCAGACUUAUGCAACAAGGAGAAGCAAGAGGACACCAGGAUGACACUGUGACCUCAUCGCGCCUUCCGGCAAAGAAGAGAAAAGAAUCCCGGGAUCUACCACCACCAUCUCUCUCCUCCACCACCGCCGCCACCACCACCUACUGCUUACCAGCCAAGAAAAGGGUUUGGGCUCUCCAACCCGACCUCAUCUCUGACAACCCUAUUUCUCCUUUCGACCUCAAUGUCGAAUACAAGCCAUCAUUUGAUGAACCAAAAAGUGAUUCACGAGAAGCAAAUGAUGUUGAAAAUGUGAAUCACGGCAUUGAAAUCCCAGAAAAGAGCGAAGAAGAAGAAGAAGAUGAUGGGAUCGAAUGUGCUAUAUGUCAAAGCACAGACGGAGACCCAUCAGAUCCAAUUGUGUUCUGUGAUGGUUGUGAUCUAAUGGUCCACACCACCUGUUAUGGUUAUCCUCUCAUAAAUGGUGUUCCAGAGGGCGAUUGGUUUUGCACCCAAUGCUUGAUUUCUCAAUCAAACCCUAAAACAGGUAAGCCCUUUUCUUGCUGCCUCUGCCCUGUCACUGGUGGGGCCAUGAAACCCACUGGUGACGGCCGGUGGGCCCAUGUCGUGUGUGCUCUCUUCAUGCCGGAGGCCUUCUUUCGCGACCCGGAAGGCCGGGAAGGGAUCGAUUGUUCCAAGGUUCCUCCAACAAGGUGGGAACAGAGGUGUUAUGUGUGCGAAUCUGCAAAUGGGUGUGUGAUCGAUUGCUCUGAGCCCAAGUGUAAAAUGGCCUUUCACGUGACUUGUGGGUUGAAAGAAGAGCUCUGUAUUGAGUACAAGGAAGGAAGGAGCAAGGAGGCUAUUGUUGCUGGCUUCUGCAAAACCCAUACUGAGCUGUGGAAGAAGCAACAACACACAGGGAAGUUCAAGAUUGUCGCUAGGGAUGAGCACAAGAAAUAGCAAGAUUAAUGUGUUAAAUGAGUGGUUUACGAGAGCUAUAACUCUGUUUGAUAUGAACUAGGAAAUUGGGUUUGUUCAUUUUUAGGGAUUAGAAAUGUUUUAACGUUAGUUUAGUUAUUUUGUUACAAUUUUAGUCAUGGUACCUAUUACGCAUGUGACGAAAUGAAAUGAAUCUU